AGUCUCCACGAUGGCUUUGUAGCGUGCGGACGUGUUUUUCGUUUUGUGUUCCGACGCGCGCGCGAACGACGCAACUAUUAUCAUCAUCUCGUCCGUGUGGUCCCCGGUUCGGUGUGUUGUGUAUUGUGUAUACCUAUUAACCUAUUAUAUUACAAAAAGCCAUUAUUUCGUACACCUUGGCCGCGACGCCGCAACAACACCAACAAACAGCGGCGAUAAAGUGGCAGUGUGCGGCGCAGUGUGUCGUUAUCUUAAAAAACCGCGCUACGUGUGUUGGCAGUUUCUGUGUUUCCACUGGUGUUAUAUUUUCUUGUUUUUGUCAUUUCGUAACAAGUGAAUGGAAAACAGAAAAAAAAACGUUUCGGUGGAACCAAUUGAUAAAGCCAAACAUAGUUGGCGAGGUGACCUAUUGUGCCUACUACGAGCAGUGUCCUACGUGGUAAUAUAGAACAACAGCGAGCGAGCAAUUGCUCAUUCUCUCUCGUCCCUCUUUCUUGCUCUUUUCCGUUUCUUAUCGCCACCCCAUUUCCUGUGCCGUGUAAAGGGGCGGUCAUCCCACUUUCCCUACCCAAAAGCGCCGCAGCAGGAGAGCGCAUUUUCCACAAACAGGCGGCAAGCGCGCUACGUCACCAAAACUUCUUGUGUGCUUUUCUUCGCGGCUCAGUAUCUAGAAGUGUACGUGGACGAGAAGAACGUGGUUUUCGGUGUUUUGUUCCCUGAGCGGAAGUUUCAAAGGUGUUACAAAGUGUGUAAAGUGCAACGUGCCAAACAACCCCCCGUCCUGUUCCAAAAGUGGAAGGAUUUCGGAUUUGCCUCGAACGUGACUUAUCGCCAAUCGUCAAACGUCGACGGAGAGCACACAAAACGUAAAUGUAACCCGUUCGCGGUGAUUUUUGUGUAACCAUAUGGUAGCCUACUUGGACGAAGUGAAUGAGCGUUGAACCGUGACCAAAGCCUGUUGGGGUGUGAUUUGGCGAAGAGACACCAAAUUCCGGUUGAAAUGAACUACAGAUUUCAGAAAAAAUCGUAGCGCCCGUUUUGAAUUUACGCCCUUUUUGGUAGAUUCUAACGUUUUGUGGAGCACCGUGAAGUGACACAGUGUGCACGAAUUAAAGCAAUUCAGCCUGGAAAAAGUGCUCUGGGCGUCGUCGGCCAGUGAGGUGCUAAAUGGACGCGGGAAGCUAAAUUCAAAUAUUGAAUGUGUCGUUUUUUUCCGCUUCACCUGAGUGAACCAUCAGCGAGCGAGUGAGUGAGUGUGCUAGAAGCGCCUAGCUGCGCUAUUUAUUAUCAUUUUUGUUCGUUCCGACCCUGAAAGCGCGCGCGGGGCUUCAGUUAAAGUGUUUGGUAAAUAGCCAGCCGCCAUUCGACCAGGCAGGGCUCGGGAAAAAGUUCUGUUUGUGCGAUGAUGGUGUGAUAUGCGGCGUGCCGUUACUGGAUACUGGUGCGCUGCGCUAAUGGACAGUCAGCGAGCGGUGGCCAAAGUCAUCAUCAGCUGUCAACGGGAACGCAGAGGGGUCGGGGAGGUGAAGAAGCGUGGAGUGUGAGGGAAGCAAAACGUGGCAAGUGUCAGCAGGUGACAAAUAUUGUGCUGGAAGUGUGCAAAAAAGACCCUCAGUCUCUCGGUGGAGUGCGGGGAAAAGGGUGCCGUUGUUUGUAGUUAAGUAGCAAAAACAAUAGAAAUCGCCAGCGAGGCGGAUUGGGAGCACUUUGGAGUGGCGAGCAGCGUCAGGUGAAGGAAAAAGGAGGACUCCAUCCGUCGAAACACCCCCGCUCAACACCAUCAGCCCAUAAAUCGUUUCGAAAGACGACCACCGCAAAAGUUCAACCCUCUCGAGUAUCCAAACCGAAGACUUCGGUAGAGGCGGCUGCGGCGGCGACGAAAGCGGACACACAUAUUCUUCUUCACGAUGCGACCCGUAGUACCGGAAGUAACAGCGGAAACACCAUCAACCGAAGCGUCGGCCACCACAGAGGGAACGCUCGAAUCGAAUUACUAGCGUGCGACGAGUGCCGGGACGAGUCCUAAGCGCGGGAACCGCCUACUACAAUCGAUGAACUGACACACGGGAAGCCCUCGGUAAGCCACAGUCUCCGCGAUGGAACAUCAUGGGUUGUUUACGGACAUAUCGAACAGUUUCCCCGGCAGUGGAGUCCUGCCGAACACCAACGUGAAGUAUCAUCACCACUUGCCGCAGAUCCCGCCUCAGCCACCGCCACAAGCACCACCACAAACUGCCGGACAGGGCGGCAAUCCUCAGUUGUACAUUCCCCAACAACAACAGCAGCAACAUCAGCAGCAUCAGCAACAACAACCAAUAGUAGGCUACGGUCAACAGCAGCAACAGCAAAUCCACCAUCAACAACAGCAGCAGGCGCAGAGUCAGCAUGUUGAGUCGGAUCCCAUAGGCAGCGGUUUGUAUCAUGACACUGCAGGGCUCUUCGAUGCGACCAGCGCACUCUGUACCAAUAAUAGCGGUAGUAACUAUAGCAACGUCAACAACAACGGUAGCAACGUUAAUAAUAGUAAGACCAUUGAGUUCACUUCGCGAAAAUUUGAAACCAAUACAGGCGAUAGUAUAACGUACAAUAUUAAUAACAUUAACACGAACAUUGUGAAUAACAUUAGUGGGGGGAGUUUGGGAGCGAACGGUGUUCAAGGGUUGAACCCGACACAGGCCGCCAUCACAGGUGGAUCGGACCUGCUCGGGAAUACCCAAUUUUCUACCACCGGUGGUAACGCACAGAUCUCGUUCAACAAGGAAGGUGAGACCAAUCCAACGAUUAUCAACAUUAGCAAUAACAACCACAAUAUCAUGGCACCACCCUAUCCAUAUCCCUAUCAGGCAAAGAUCUCCGGAAUGGGUGCGUUGAAUGAUUUGAAUACCAAGUUCGGAGCAAGCCACAGUUGGGCGGGAAACGGCACCACGUCCCAUACCGCAACUGGAGAAUUUGCCCUCGACAGUAGUGUGAUCAGCAAUUUUGAGGCUAAAAAUCCUACCAAAUACCAUACGAGCCGGAGCAGCUACCGAUACCAGCAAGACUAUGGGCAACCAAGUCAACAGGCGCAGCCUACUACGGCGCACUACCAACACAACUACGGCUUGUACCAUCCGGAAGGCGCGCAAGCAACGCCAAUUCAACAACCGAAUGGUCACCAUGGCUACGAACCUUACCCACAUAUCGUACGCAGCAAAUAUCCAGUGAUGGAAGAAGUCAACCGCUACGGACGCAGCCAUCAGGUUCAUUCAACUACCCAUUCGCAGAGUCACCAUGAUCUCAUGUACAACGAACGAUCUCGAUAUUCUAAUAACUUCCCCAGCGGCUACAUACCCCCUGCAGCAGGUUACCACUAUCAAACAGCUCAACCGACUAGUAAAACUGUGUUGAACCCUAACGUAGACUACUUCAACAGCAACUACAUCAAACAAGUACCGCCAUUGAAUGCCCACCAAGCCAGUCACUACAUCCCUAGCCGAACGGCUUACUCUCACCAAAACCCCACUAUACCAGGAUACCAUCAUCACCAAAGCUACGCCCUUAACCACGCUCCUGCAUACGAAGAUCCUUAUCGGCACAGAUCCCGACAUCACACACUACAGCAUCACUACAGCGACGGCCACCACGGUCAACAAGCCUACCCCAACUAUCCAGCUCCUGGCGCCAACCUCGCCUAUCCCCACAACCAAAAACUCUCCUUCAGCAAAUCCAUCAACGAUUUCUACAGCCCCAACGUUCCUACAAAUACUACCCACCACUAUCCGAAUCCCCUCUCCAAUCCAACCGCUCCCACCGUACACCACGCGCCUCACUACGGCAUCAAAUACACAUCCCAAACGAUCGUCCCACCAAUGACUCAACCGAAACCUUCGAAUCACCCAGUCCCGACAUCACAACCUGCGCAAAAACCCACGCACAACUCCUACUACGAUACCCCCAAUCCCGUCAUAGACAUGAACCACCCCUUGAUCGACCUAGAAGAACAAAUCAACAGCGUCAAGAUCCUCAAGAGCAGUCGCGAAGGUUCCAACUACGACCCCAACCACGCCCUCAACUACGACUGUCAGCAAAAGUAUCUCAUGAACCGCUACCUUUAUUCGAAAACCACCUCCUCGAACUCCACCCCAACCUCCACCGAUGGAUACGUCCCCAACGGAGCCCACAUCAACACCUCCACAAACCUCAACAACUACGGCUACCCCAACAUGGAGGAAUUCGUCAUGGGAUCGCGCAACUUCUCCUUGGACGAAAACCUCAAGGACAAAAACCUCCGCGACUACCUGAGCAGCUGGAAUGAAACCGAAGAGGAGGACACCGCUUCCGCCGCCACUUCCGACAAGAAGGAAACCAACAACAACCAAGCGGCGCAUCAAAACUUCGAAUCCUGCAAGUAUCUACAGCAAGUGCUGGAUGAACAACUACCGCCCCUGCACGGAGGUGUCAUCGUAGCAAACGUCCAAAACGGAACCGGUAACCUCCCGGACAUUCUGAUCGACCUCGAGAAGACCAAAGACGACGCCCCCAAAGUAGGCCAGGAAACGACCGAAGUUGGCGAGAAGCUGUACAUCCUGGAAACGUACGACGUGCCACACUCGGAGCUGAACAAGUACAAACACCUCAGCGUGAUCAACGAGCUGCCGAAGAACGUGGUGCCCAUUCACGACAGCGCCGAUUCGCUGAAAUUCCUAGAGGAAAUCGAAUCCAAUCGCGAUAAGUACUACCAAACCGAGCUGGAAUCGGAGGUGGUCUACGACGAGCGGAAGAAAGACGAGGAAAAGAAGGAGAAACAGUCUAUGCCGACGAUUGUGCUGGACGACGAUGAAGUGGAAGCGGUGGUCGAGGAUGGGAGUGGAACGGUGUGUGAAGAGCAGUCAAAAGUUGAAGAACAUCCACAAGUUAGUGAGGUUGUACAGGAGGAAAAGGAAGUCGUAUCGGAAGAAGCUCCAAAGGAGAAAGAAGAACCUCAAAAUCAGCCCGAUGAAAGUAGCUUCAAAGUUCCUCACUACAUUCCGAAGUAUCGCAAACGGCGGUACCAGUUCGACAGCUACGAUUAUCCUCGCUUUCCAAAGCGAGCCCGCCGAUCCAGUAUCGAGGACUUCCUGCACUGUGAUGUGAAAAUGCCGAAACCGAAACCACCGGUACAGUACAACCCGAAGCAGCUGUUCAGCAUUUGCGUGGCGGCACUGAAUUCGCGAGAGUACAGGCGCUACGCCAAAGCGGACUUAGCCAAGAGGCAGGAACUUGCGGCGAAGAAAUCCCAGGGGGAAAGCCAAGCGGAGCAGGUCGGUGUCAGUGAGGAACCACAAGAAAAGGGAGUGGAGGAAAAGUUAGUGAACCAGGAAGUUGAUGCUGAAGAGUGUUCGGUGGAUAGUGAUGUUGCGGUUAGCAUGGAAUGUAGUGAAGAGAAGAAGGAUGUUGAGCUAGAUGAUUUCCCGAUGCAGAGUGUCACCAUCAACAAGUAUGAGGAUGAGGAUUCUUGUGAAGAGAAAAAGGAUGUUCAGCCGGAAGAACCACCGGUGCAAAGUGAUAUUCCUAUCGUUGAGACGAGUAACGAAAAUAACAUUGCAGAGGCGCAAGGGGAAGGCCUAGCAGGGGAAUCACCGAUGGAGCAUGAUACUCAUGAAUCUGCUGAGAAACACCACGAUGAAGAUACAACGGUUCGAAGUGAUAUCUCCAUAGAUGAGACGAGUAACGAGAAAAACAUUAUAGAGGCGCAAGGGGAAGGACUAGCGGAGGAAUCGUCGAUGGAGCAUGAUACUCAUGAAUCUGCGGAGAAACACCACGAGGAAGAUACAUCGGUUCUAAAUGAUAACCUCAUCAAUGAGAUGAGUAACGAGAGUGACAUUGUAAAGAAGCAAGUGGAAGGCCUAGCGGAGAAAUUACCGAUGGAGCAUGAUAUUCAUGAAUCUGCAGAUAAUCAUGAGAAACACCACGAGAAAGAUAAAUCGGUUCAAAGUGAUAUCCCUAUCGAUGAAACGAGUGACGAGAACAACAUCGAAGAGAAGCAAGGGGAAGACCUGGCGGAGGAAUCACCAAUGGAGCAUGAUCUUCAUGAAUCUACUAAUAACUGUGAAAAACACCAUGCUUCGGUUCAUGAGUCGAGUAACAAGAAUACCAUUGCAGAGAAACAAGUGGAAGGCCUAGCGGAAGAAUCACCGAUGGAGUACAAUAGUAAUGAAUCCGUUUAUUACGGAGAGAAACACCACGAGGAAGAUAUCUCGGUUCAAAGAAAUAUUUCUAACGAUGAGUCGAGUCACGAGAAUAGCAUUUCAAAGGCGCAAGAAGAAGGCCUAGCGGAGGAAUCAGCGAUGGAGCAUGAUAGUCAUGAAUCUGUUGGUUACGGUGAGAAACUCUACGAGGGAGCUACAUCGGUUCAAAGCGAUAUUCCUAUCGAUGAGACCAGUAACGAGGAUACCAUUGCAGGGACGCAAGUAAAAGAUCAUCUGGAGGGAUCACCGAUGGAUCAAAAUAUUGAAGAAUCUGCGGAUAUCUGUGAAAAGCAUCACGUGGAAGAGAAUGUGGAGGAAGUAGAAGAAUUGUCAGAACAGCCGGCUGAAAUGCGCAUCACAGAACAAAGCAACACUGAUAACGAGAUCAUCGAGUCAUCGCAGUCAUGUUCAGUUGAAGGGAAAGAUAUUGAGGAAGAAUCUGUCGAUGGUGAAUCAGAAGAGCAGGCUGAAGAACCGAAGGAUGUCGAUAACAAUGAAGAAACUCAAGGACAAGGGUAUGCCAUGGAUCCGGCGUCACCACCCGUCCCGGUAAUUGAUUCAGAAAAAUCAAACCAUCAUGAUGAAAUUACUAAACCCACAGAAUCUGUUCAGACUGAUGAUGAAGAAGAGCAUCAGUCAGAUGAUGAUGCACCAAUUGAAGUAGACGACAGUGAAACAGAAGACGAAGUUUUUGAACUCCCAACAGAAACGCAAUCCGCAGCAUCUGUGUGUGAACGGGUAUCCGUGAUCAUUGAUGAAGCAAAGAAGGUUGAGGAGGAAGAAGUCGCAGCUCAAGCAGAAAAUACAGCACAGGAGGAGACGAUUGAAGUGUCAGAUGAAGAAACAUCAACAGAAACGGAGAGCCAACGGGUGCCAGUGAUUCAGAAAGCUGAAUCAUUUGAAACGCCAAAAAUGUAUGAGCCGAUGGAUACUGAUGAACUAAUUCCCUGCUUCAAUCCACCUUCGCUACGCGACUUGACGGAUGCAGCGUUCGAAUGCUAUCGUGUAUUGUACGACUACCAGCGAGUGGCUCCGCUCCGGCAGCUCUGUUUCGAAUACCUACUAUCACGUAACAUGUUACCGCAACCGCAAUCGUUGCAGAAACUUUGCGAGCAGUUCAUAUGCAACAAUCGCCACUUGUUCAUAAUCGAGGAGGUGCGGAACGAGCCGCAGCGGUUGCAGGAUCUUUGUCAAAAGGUACUGAACGAGACGAACAUCAUCAUCGAUGUGAACAACUUCUGCAUCAUUGGGGAGGAGGCUGAACAGGAAAAGCCGAGCCAGGGAAGAGUGUUCAUCGUCGAGGAUGAUCACGGUUCAAUAGAAGACCUUUUGAGGGAGAACGAUGAUAUGGAUGGAGAGGUGAUUGUUCUGUCGGAUGACGUUGGCGAUGAGCAUGAGAUAUUUUUAGGAGAUGCAGGUUGUGACGGAGACGUUCAAGUUGUGUUGGAAAGCAGUCAAGCGCUUUCGGAUACGGAAAGCGAAAUCUAUAGAAAAGUUGAACGCGAAAUCGAACGGAUGAUGACAACGAGCUCAGAUGAGGAAGAUGAAGCAUCCAAAAAGUAUGAGGAACAGAUAGGCGACGUUGAGUUGGACAAUGAGUUUUACUCGUUUGUUGGUGAUGAUGAAUGUAUUCAGUACGAGGAAGUGGUACCCAUUAACAAACAAGCGCAUAGAAGAGAGAGCUUGAUCAACGAACUUCAGAGAAAAUACAUGGUUCCGAAGGGAAGAGCGUUAACCAGCAGGCUGAAGUUGUUGCGAAAAUACGUCUACUAUCAACGUUUCAUCAAGACGAGGGACCAUGGAAUGCAGUCUAAGCGGAGGUUUUUCAGCCGAAAGCUCAACUGUUUGAGGAGGAAGAUAGAAGCUAUGCGACGUAGCGUGAGCGUUAGUGUCAUCGACGACGAUAGUGAUAGCAAUGACAGCUCGUUUUCGGGCAUCAGCAGUUCAAGCAGUAGCAGUAGCAGUAGUCACAGCAGUUCAUCUGGUUCAGCCAGUGGAAACAGUUCGGAGAGUGAAGAAGCUGCAGUGACUGAAACAGAGACGAUGGAGCGGUCCAGUGGACAUGCUUCGGAAGACUCCUCGAGCCAGUCCAGUAGCUCUUCUGUUGGCGAACGUUUAAUCGAAACUAAUAACAAUCAACUAGAUUUAAGUACAUUAACCAAACCGGCCAAGAUAGAAUCUCAGCAGUUUGCCAAAGAAGAGGACAACAGUAGUAACAGUUCGGACAGCAGAUCACGAGGAUUUGUUCGCAGGUCCGCCAGUAUCUCACCUCUAGUGAAAAAGAAGAAAAUGAGUUUCGAGGAGAGCUUGCUCAACAUAGACCAGAUGUACAAAAAGACUAACAGCCCUGCGCAAUCGACGAGCAGUCCAAGCAACUCAAAUUCCUCAUCGCCUGCUCCGGUAAGGCAACGAAUCCUCACCAAAGCCUACUGCGGUCCGAACGUAGUUGUUAACGUUAACAAUAAUCGUGAAGCACCGAGGAAGCUCAUCAUUCCGUCGUACAAAAUCUUCAAUCAAGCCCUCGCCAUCCCAACGCCGACUGAAAAUGAUCCACCAAUACCGAGUCGGCAGCCGGUCAGACGACGAAACAGCAGUGCGGGUAGCAGCAGUAGCAGUAACAGCACCAGAUGCCAUCUGGUCAACUGUACCCAGCGAAGUAGUGGCCUUAUUCGGGUGAACUACCCCAACAAGCCCUCACCUUCGAAUAGAUCCACUGCAUCCAAUGGAACCAAUGCAACGACCACGCGAUCGCAUGCAAUUCCGGCGGGCUUCGAUCGACGCAUCCCCUAUGUCCGGCUGGAGCGCAUCGAUUACGUCGAAAAGCUAGCGGAAAAGUAUCGCCAACAGCAACGGCAGCAGGCGCAGCGCCAACAGCAGGAACAGUUCGCAAAGCUACGGCAGCGGCGCAAAUCGACCUUCUCGUAGAUAUCUCCGGCGUCAUCUCGUGCGUGUUUGUUUGCGUGUCCAGCGAUGAUCGUGUGCGGCGGUCCCCUUAUCAAGGGCCAUUUGUUUCGGAUCGCGUACACGGGCGAAGGGCAAAUUUGCUGGCGGUUGUUGUUGUGUUGUUGUCAUGUUUGUCCGAUGGAUUCGGAUAUUGCGGUGAGAAGGAUGUGGAAGGGUUGCUGGGGAAAAUUUUAUCGGAAUGGGUGAUGCGGAAAAUGGAUCACUUUUCUGGUUGACCGUUCGUGCGAAUGUUUUGAUGGCGGUAAACUGCAUUUAGCUUGUAGGUAAUUUGCGGAUCGUAGUAGUCAACGGGUUAUGUGGUGGUUAUGCGCGACCUCGACGUAGUAAGCAUGGCGGUGAAUGUCGCUAGUCAGUGGGUCAGAUG